AUGAGUAAUAAGGCUUUGGGCCAGCACCUCAUUGCAUUGGAUGAUGAAGAUUUGGAAUCAGACGAUGAUUUAGAAUCUGACGAUGAGGAUGUCAGCACGUUGAAGAACACAGUAAAGCAGGCAGUUAAACGACCAGCUACUGGUGCACCCAAAAUAAUGCAGGAGAAGAAAAUGAAAGUGGAAGAUGCUGAUGAUGAUGAAGAGGAAGAUGAUAACGAGGACGAUGAGGAAGAGGAUGAUGAUGAAGAAGGAGCAGUGACCCCAGCAAAAAAGCUUCUUGAGAAAACUCCACUCAAGGUUACCCCUGAAUCGAAGGGGACUCCCAAGCAAAAUGACCAAACACCCACCAAAUCUACACCAGCUAACAAGCAGCCCAAGACUCCAGAAUCCAGCAGUAAAUCCAAAACACCCAAAACCCCAAAGGUCCCACUGACCACAGAAGAAAUCAAGACCAAGUUGAAGACAUCUUUGGAAAAAGGUGUUGAUCUGCCCAAACUGAAGUCCAAAUUCAUAAAACUUGUGAAAAAUGGCUUCAAGGUGGAAGACCCAAAGAUCAUUAAAGAACUCUGGGCAUGGCAACAGGCAAUGGAUGUGAAGUAG